AUUAGGGAUACACUAGCAAUGCUAACCAGCUGUGUGGCUAGCCGGGUUCCUGUCGACAGUUAUUCACCUUGCUUCCUCACAAGUUAACUUUCACUGUAAUUUACCUAACUGCUACAUAGCCGCAUGACAGCAACUUGGCUGUCUAUGUGUUACGGUUUUGUGAAAUAUUCAUGCUGCUGAGGUUCUAAAAAUGAGAGAAGGAGUGUGUGUCCAGUGACUCAGCUCUUGUGUCGCCAUGGAGAAACCCUGGAGGCUGUGGGCGGCAGUGGAGCGUUGUACCCUGACUCUGGCCUCCUGGUCCUGGGGUGCUUGUCGAGUCUCACUCUUGGCUCUCAUCCUCACCUUCCACCUCUAUGGAGGCUUCUUUCUCCUAGCUCUUAUCCUAGCGUCUGUGACCGGUAUCCUCUACAAGUUUCAGGAUGUGCUCCUCUACUUCCCUGACCAGCCCUCCUCCUCACGACUUUACGUUCCCAUGCCAACAGGAAUCCCUCAUGAGAAUGUGUACAUUCGCACCAAAGACGGUGUGAAGCUUAAUCUCAUCCUGCUUCGCUACACAGGAGGCGACACACCUCCCGGGGCCACCUCUGGCAAUCAAAGCAGCCCAACUUCCUCUGCUCCACCAACCAUCCUCUAUUUCCACGGUAACGCAGGUAAUAUUGGACACAGGGUUCCAAACGCCCUGCUCAUGCUGGUCAAUCUGAAAGCUAAUGUGGUGCUGGUGGACUACCGUGGAUAUGGAAAGAGUGAGGGGGAGCCCUGUGAGGAUGGGCUGUACCUGGAUGCAGAGGCCACUCUGGACUAUGUCAUGACCCGCCCCGAUCUGGAUAAGACAAAGGUGGUUCUGUUCGGCCGCUCACUGGGGGGUGCUGUGGCUGUGCGCCUGGCGUCAGUCAACCCUCACCGCGUAGCAGCCAUUGUUGUUGAAAACACCUUCCUCAGCAUCCCCCACAUGGCAGCGACGCUCUUCUCCUUCAUACCCAUGCGCCUGCUGCCCCUGUGGUGCUAUAGGAAUCAGUUCCUGUCCUAUCGACAGAUGGCGCUGUGCCGCAUGCCUUCGCUGUUCGUGUCCGGCCUGUCGGACCAGCUCAUCCCACCAGUCAUGAUGAAACAACUGUAUGAAAUGUCCCCUGCGCGGACUAAACGCCUGGCUAUCUUUCCAGAGGGCACACACAACGACACGUGGCAGUGUCAAGGCUACUUCGCUGCUUUGGAGCAGUUCAUUAAAGACCUGAUGAAGAGCCACGCCCACGAGGAGAGUGCUCAGCCCUCAUCUAGUGUAACCAUCAUCUGAAAUAAGCAGUCAGGGAUGACUGUUGACUCCAGAUUAUAAGAUGGAGGAAGUGACGGCUGUCACAGUAAUUGUUUGGAUGUACUUAUUCAAUUUUUUUGAAAAGAAUGUACCUUUUUAUGCUUGUGUGGGUUUCUAUAUUAUUUCACUCUUUCUACCUUUUCACUUUAUGUAAAUAUAACUUUUGUUUAAAUAAUUUGACUAUUUCAAGGUUUUAAGAGAGGGUAACAAUGCCCUCAUGGGUUCUUUUGUGUUGCAGCUAUGAAUGCAUGUAUUUAUGACCUUAAAUGAAUGAAGCCAGAUCAUACAUGCCCAUACUGCAAGACAUGUCACUACCACAGGAAUCUGUAAUGGGUCUACUGAAAUUAAACUGAUUACUACUGGAAAUAAAAUUAACCUCAUCAUAUAAAAUAAAAACACUGAUAUGUAGGCCUAUACUGUAUAUAUAUUCGUUAAUAUUACAUUUUUCUUUUAUUUCAGAUUUACCCGAGUUUGGAGUUAUGUCGGCUAACAUCUUCUGAGCAAUACUUGGAAAUCUUGUCUGGCACAAUUGCGUAAAGAAAAAACUUGUGCUGUUGAAUAAUUAUAUUCAGCCAUCAAAACAUUUGAGGUGGCUCUGACAUAUAUAUUACUUCUAACUAUUUAAAAUAACUUAUUGAGAUAUAAUUUCCUGUCAAAGUGCUUCUGUUUGGCUAACCUACAAGAUAUUUACCCUGAUCCUCUAUCCUGUUAAAACAGAAUAAGGUACAUUUUCCUCUUAAAUAAGCCCAAAAUGCUUCUUUUAAGCAACCUACUGGCUACUGUAGUUUGGUAAAGAGCAAUUGCUCUGUUUGUGGUUUGUUAUUUAAAGGAUAGGAGAAGUUUUCUACAAGUUUAUUAGUACCCUACAACACAUCAAUAUCUACAAUGACAUGUUGCCUGUGUAAACCUCCUUCUCUAACUGACGGGAUGCACUUAAGUAAAUCCAAGAUAGUUCAAGAAAAGAUGGUGGACAAAAUAAACAUUCUCUUUUCAUGCAAAUACAAAUAAAAUAUAAGGCUUCUGCAGUCCGUGCAAGAUACAUUAAAUUGAUCUUUUUUUCAAGAUAAGGUCUAGUGAAAAAAAAUGGUUUUCCUGCUCCUCAACCCAAAUUAAAAUGUUCCAAAAGAGAUUUAGUGUAGAAAAUGACUUUCAUUUCGUCAAACUCAGGGCGAAACUACUACUAAGCACACUAGGAAGGGAUUCUUAAUGGCCAGUAUAGACAGAAGGAUCGAUUACAGCGACCAAUUACUCCCUCAAAUACAUGGCAUGUGAGUAUUGUAUAGAAUAGUUUUGAAAUGAUCUGAGCCUAUCCUUUAAGAACUCAAAAUAAAGUGUGAGCAUUUUAAAGGAAUUAUGUGAGUAUUUGUUUGCCAUCAUCAGCUUUCUAAUUUGUCGUCGGAGGAUUCUAGGUGUUCGUCUCAUCCCAUGCUUAUGUGGCAGAAAGGCUUUACUCUUGGAGGGCUUUUGAUGAGCUAAUGAACCUUUCUUGCAUGUCUUCCAGGGGGAGAAGAGCUGGACGAUUAGCACACUGUUUCCUGCUUUUGCUUUCCAAAUGCAGCCUGCUGCACUGCAGUGCUUCUAAAGCCAUUCGAAUACAGAUAUACUUAGCCAUAUUUCAUACUGUUUCCAAACAGUAUGCAGAACAAAAUUCAACAAACAUCAAAAGACCAAACGUGGCAUCAAUGUGAAACGGAAAAAUGGGCUUAAUGAAUGUAAAUUGUUGCCUUGAACUAGCAAGUGUGCUUUUACAAUAAUUACUGUAUAGAUGGUCUCUUUUCUCCCUUUUAUGUGUGACUUACUGCCACCAGUGGCAAACAACAGUUUCAGACAUGUUUUACUUAUGUCAAAUCCAUAAAAGAGUUAGAUUUAUCCCAUUAUAUGUUGGAGAGCACAUUAUGCAAUCUGGAUUCAACCUUGUGAAUAGAAACUCAUUUUAGUUCCACACUUUGUUUUCCACACUUCUGCUGUUUGCAUGACAACAUGUCUUCAUUUAGGAAAUAUAUAGAACUUCAACGUCAUCAUUCACUUAAUUGUGAGGGUGGCUGGCCUGAAGCAAAUCAAUUCUAACUAAAGAAUUGGGUUUUUA